GGAUGAGGACGCAUCAUUGGCUGAAAGUUCGGCGUUGCCUCCCAAAAGUUUUUCCAACAUCAAUUUUAUCAACUUUGUCUCAACUUCCUCCAAGUGCGAAUUCCUCAACGCGUGGACGCUGCGUGCACUCCGUGACAAAAAGGUAUGUGUUUUCUGGGUUGGAAUUAGAUAUCGAUUGCGCCCCCCCUACAGAAAGAGAGCAUGUCUUCCCCUGGAGACUGGAGGGACGAGUUUUCAGCAGACGAGGAUGAACUGCCGCCGCGCCUGAAGAAGCGCACGGCGCAGGUGUCCUGCCUGCCUUUCAGCGUGGAGGCGCUCAUGUCGGACAGGAGGCCGCUGAGUGCGACGGACAGGGAAGAGGGAGAUGACUCGUGCAUGGACGAUCAGGCGCACAGUCCGGAUGAGUUCUCCCAACAAAUACGGUCUAUUAAAUCAGAGCCGUCGGAACGAGGGGACUGUGCGUCUUGGAUAUCCAGCCCUAUUAAGAUGUCAUCACCAGCCCCACAGCUCAGUCCAGCCAUCUGCCCCUUGAGGAAGCACAAAACCAACCGCAAGCCUCGCACUCCCUUCACCACCACGCAGCUCCUGGCCCUGGAGCGGAAGUUUCGUCAGAAGCAAUACCUGUCCAUCGCCGAGCGGGCCGAGUUCUCCUCCUCUCUGUCGCUGUCCGAGACCCAGGUCAAGAUCUGGUUCCAAAACAGACGAGCCAAAGCCAAGAGACUUCAGGAGGCCGAAUUGGAGAAACUCAAAGUAACAGCUGGCAUUGGGCCCAAAGCUGUAUUCCACCCAGGCUUCGGUUUUCCCCUUAGUGUCAACCUGCAGGCUGGAUCAGCAGCACUCUACGGACUGGGCUGCUCAUACGGCCGCAGCCCUAUUCUCCCCGCUGCACAUCUGGCUAUGUACGCCUCACAGGUCGGCCACAGCCUGUUCCACCUCUCCUGAGAGGAAGCAGCAUUAUACAGUGCUGUGAAUCUGGAUAUCUGUGUUAAAAAAAACAAACGAGAGGUCGAGAGUGUAUCGUGAAGUCAUGCACUUUAUAAAAGACUUGAUUUAGGACCUGAAGUGGAGCUGAAGCUUCAAGGUCUUCACUGGUCUUUAGUUACAAGGAGAAUUUAUAAAGUUCUUUUACUGUUUGCAAGAGACUAUGGAAGGACAAGGAUACAGCAUCUCAAAGAUCCUUCAUUUCUGUUUGCCAACGCUGAUUCAGCAGGGGUUAAAAGAUAAUAAAUGGAAUAUUGAUCAGGCCAUGUGUAAUUUGUCCUGAAUAGCAGAUUGCAUUUAUUGUAGCCUUUUUGAUAAAUUUCUUUCUACUCUUUUUGUUUUUCCUGGAUGAUUCCAGCUUUGGGAAUAUUAUUUUUCACUUCUUAGCCUUGAAUAUGGAGUGGUAUUUUAUAUUGUACUCCUCCUAGAAGAAUAAUUGUGACAGUAACAGUGUGGCCUGUUCAAGUGCGUGCUUACUUAAAAGCUAAACAUUCACAAGUGACACACAUUUAUUUAUGGUAUCUCUUAGAUUCAUUUAUACCAUGAUGCAUAUCUUCAUUAAAAUUUUAUAUUUUUGUUUGACGUUACAUUAAAGCUUGUAAUUAACCUACUCUUUUGUUCUUUUGCUUGUUUGUGACAUACAUACAAAGUGAUUGAUCACCUCAUUUACCCGGUGAGCUAACUUGAAUGCAGUUGUCUAGAGAUACACUCCCUUUUAAUGGGUGUUUCAGCUCUCCACUUAAGUCUGGUGGCUCUACUGCUUCUGACUGCCAGCUGUUCUUGUGAGCUAUGUUUUUUCCCCCACAAAUUCUCAGUUAGAAAAUGCCAUACAGAUGAUGCCGGGAAGUCUCUUGAUCAGAUCUCAGGCGAACAGACUGGAGAUCUGUUGGAUCUGCCGUCCUAGUAAGUGCUGAUUCUGAGGCAUUUCCCUCCUCUUGCAGCACCCCUCAGAUAAAUUGUUUUGUUGACAAUUGUUGUAAUGGAGCACCGGUUGGUAAUUCUGUGAAAAAGACCAAUGCAGCAUACUGGAUUUUUAACUCUUGAUCAGAAAUGGUUUAGUUUCAUCCUGGACAAAAGUGACUGCUCAUUUGUGUGUUCGCCUGCUCUAGUUUGGAUGUAUUGCUUAAGGAGAAAAAAGGUGCCAUUUUUAAGCUUAGAGCGUAUGGAGUCUGACUCAUGUAGAAAACAACCCAUUUGUGUUUUGCAUUAUAUAAGCUGCUUAGUUGUCCUAAGUAUAAUAACAGUAAAUCAUUUUGGCUUGAUGUCAGUGUAGCAGUCUUAAAUGCGUGUAUUAAAUGUAGAGGGAGUUGCUGUGUGAUUUUGCUCUUAAGCUGAAUUCAAACUGAAAUGUUCCAGGGAAGCUAUGUCUUUAUGUAAGUUGUAAAUACAAGGUUUGGCUUGAGGAAAACGACCUACAUGUUGCAGCUCAAACAAAGUUUCAUCUGAGUGUUGAAGUCAUCGUCAAACUGUACGUUUCAAAGGUACUUUUGAAGGAAGGAAGCUGUGAGUGACGGACCAAAACAUGUUAGUU